UAUAUAUAUAUAUACCUAGACCCGUACCUCGUGUAGUAUGUACAUACACAUAUGACCGCUAGAAAUCAUUUCCUCCCUGGAGAGUCUGACGUGAAACUGUUGUACCGUAUAUAAUAUCAUCAUUGAACCUCUAUACACGAUGGCAGUUCAACCCUGGGAAGAAGAAGCCAACAAAUGCAAGGAGAUCCUUGCCAACUCUGUCCCUAAACAAUGGAUGGUCCCAGAGGACAAGCUGCCUCCAGCGGAGGAGCUUAAUGUCAUCGACUUCCCUCGCAAGAGUGGCCUGCUAACGGACAAGGAACUUUCAAUAACGGAGAUGUCUGCAACAGCGCUGGUAGCGGCUAUGAGCAAGGGUGAACUCACUGCAGAAGAGGUCGUGGUGGCGUUCUUGAAGAGAGCUACCAUUGGUCAUCAGCUUUUGAAUUUUGCGACCGAAUUCAUGGCGGAUGAUGCCAUUGCGCGGGCUAAGGAGCUUGAUGAACAUUUUAAGAAGACGGGAAAGUUAGUUGGGCCUUUGCACGGAGUCCCCAUCAGUGUCAAGGAGCACAUUGGGCACAAGGGUCGUAUUUGCCAUACCGGAUAUGUUGCAUGGAUCAAAAACAUAGCACCCGAAGAUGCGCUUCUCGUUCAACUUCUCAAGAAUGCCGGUGCUGUAUUCCACGUCCGGACGAACCAGCCGCAAUCACUAAUGCACCUGGACUGCAACAACAACAUAACCGGAAUGACCCUCAACCCCUACAACAGGAAACUUUCUCCAGGGGGUUCAUCCGGCGGCGAAGGAGCCUCCAUGGGCUUCAAGUGCGCACCUCUCGGCAUCGGUACCGAUAUUGGAGGCUCCAUCCGUGCCCCUGCAGCAUUCAAUGGCGCAUACGGUCUGCGACCUACCGCAUUGCGAAAUCCGUAUAAUGGAAUCAUCCUCGCUGGAGAUGGACAGGAGUCUAUUCGUUGCGUUGUUGGCCCACUUGCCGCGCAGUCUGUGGAGGAUCUGGAUUUGUUCCAGAAAGCGGUCCUUGAUCAGGAGCCGUGGGAUAUUGAGACUAGUCUGGUAGCUAUGCCGUGGAAGAAGGUGGAGCCGAAGAAGGAUAUCACUGUUGCGAUUAUGUGGGAUGAUGGAAUUGUUCAUCCCCAUCCUCCAAUUACGCGUGGAUUACAAUUUGUCAAAGAGAAACUUGAAGCUGCAGGUAUCAAAGUCGUUGACUGGGAGCCUUUCAAACAUGAUCAUGGUUGGGAAAUUAUUUCAACCCUCUACUUCCCCGACGCUGCAGGAUUCCAGCGUGGCGUUAUCGCUGAAUCUGGCGAACCUCUCCUCCCUCUCACAGAAUGGGCCUUCAACUACAGCAAACCACACCCUAUCUCCGUGAACGAGAACUGGGACUGGAAUGUAAAGCGCGAAAAGUACCGUGCUGACUAUCACGCACUCAUGAAAGAGCGCGGGGUGGACUUCAUCCUCAGCCCAACUUAUGUCGGAGUUGCAGGUGCGCUGGGCGAGCCGGAGUAUUGGGGAUACACGUCUAUCUGGAACAUUCUGGACCAGCCCUGUGUUGUCUUUCCGACGGGUUUGAUGCAGGACCCGACGGUUGAUAAGGUUGAUGAGGCGUAUAAACCUAGGAGCGAGACUGAUGAGCGCGAGUGGAAGAAGUAUAGUCCUGAGAAGUACGCGGGUGCACCGAUCGCGGUGCAAUUAACGGGAAAGCAUUGGCAUGAUGAAGAGACUGUUGCGGCGGCCAAGUUGAUCACAGAGAUUGUGCGGUCUUAACGCACGUUUCAGUGA